GCGGUUGAGGGAAAUGGAGGGUCCCCAUCGUCUCCUUCUCUUCACCCUCCUCGUUGCGAUCCUCCUCCAUUUCGCCAGAUCUGAUGAUACUGAUGAUAAGCUCCUCGAAGGCAUCAACAGCUACAGAACUUCACUCAACCUCUCGAAACUGACCACUAACGAUAACGCCUAUUGCUUAGCGGAUGAAAUCGCCAAGCAGUUCAAGGGCCAGCCGUGCACCAACACUACCGGAUCCAAUACGGUUCUUGGAACCGAAGAACAAUUCCCUAAUUACCCUGAGUUUCUCAAAACCUGUCAUUUGAAUGCUACCGUCACACAAGAUGCAGCCAUUAUGCCUGCUUGUGUCCCUAACUUAGAUUCAACCCUCGUGCUCACAAACUUUACGAAGUCUCAAUACUCUGGAAGUCUGAAUGAUAGUAAGUACGUUGCAGCUGGGGUUGCUGAUGAGGGUGAUUGGAUUGUUGUUGUUCUGAGCACAAACACUCCCACUGGAAACUUUGAAACAACAUAUACAGGAGUCUCUUCAGCAGUUAAGGUGGAUUUUGGGUACUAUAUGUUUCUAGUUUUUGCGGCGUUCCUUCUGUAUGUUCAAUAUCUAUAAGAGAAUAGGAGGUCUCUCUGCAGCAUACUGAGGUAACUCUGUUUUAGGAUUAUGAAUCAAAGUGCUGAUAUAAAAGGUUGGUAGCUUUGCAAUUACAAAUACAGGAGUUGCUUCAGUGGUCGAGUUCUGCUACUAUUUGUUUCUAGUUUUUAGUUAUGAUGUUUGUUUGUUUCGGCUGUUCUUUGACAUUUCUCCUUGAUUUUUUUUUAUUUUUUGCCUGGAUCAUAUGUGUGAUGUGCACUAUGUUCCAAUAUAUUUAUUGAAAGAAUUGUUGGAUUUUACUGAACAUGUUUGCUGCAUUGUUUAUUAUUCUUAUAUUCUUACUCAUGAGGAUUUUUUUUAA